AUGGCUGCGCCGCCGGCCGACCACUCGUUCGACGUGAUCGUGGUGGGCGCGGGCAUAAUGGGCAGCUGCGCGGCGCACGCGGCGGCGGCCCGGGGCGCGAGCGUGCUCCUGCUCGAGCGCUUCGACCUGCUGCACCAGCGCGGCUCGUCGCACGGCGAGUCCCGUAUCACCCGCCCCACCUACACGCGGCCGCAGUACCCGCCCAUGGUCCGCCUCGCGCACCGCCUCUGGGACGACGCCCAGCGCGACGCCGGGUACGCCGUCCUCACGCCCACCCCGCACUUCAACCUGGGGCCACGGGACGAUCCGGCCUUCCUAGCCGCCGUCACUAACGGCAGCGCCACCGAGCUCGUGCCGUCGUCGGCGGAUGCACCGGCGUGGGCGGAAGCUUUCAGGGUGCCACAGGGGUGGGCGGCGGCCAGAAGCGAGCUGGGCGGUGUGAUAAAGGCGACCAAGGCGGUGGCCAUGUUCCAGGCGCUCGCCGGCAAGAUGGGCGCCGUCGUGAGGGACAGGGCGGAGGUGGUCGACGUCGCCAGGAAGCAAGGAGAGGGAACAACGAUCGUGGUGAAGACAUCGAGCGGCGAGGAGUUCCACGGCGGCAAGUGCAUCAUCACGGUGGGCGCGUGGGCGAGCAAGCUGUUGAAGUCCGUCACCGGCACCGACCUGCCGGUGCAGCCGGUGCACACCCUCGUCUGCUACUGGAACGUCAAGCCCGGGCGCGAGCACGAGCUGACUGCGGAGGCCGGAUUCCCGACGUUCGGGAGCUACGGCGACCCCAGCUUCUACGGCACGCCGUCGAUGGAGUACCCUGGCCUGAUCAAGAUCUCCAAGAGCGGCGGGCCGCCGUGCGACCCAGACGGCAGGGACUGGGCCAUCGGCACCGGCGCGGGGGAGAUGGCGGAGCUCGUGGCGCGGUGGAUCGACGAGGUGAUGCCGGGCCACGUGGACACCACCGGCGGGCCGGUGAUCUGCCAGCCGUGCAUGUGUUGCAUGACUCCCGACCAGUGGCGGCUCCAGGAAUUUGCAACCGGACCUAAGAAUACCCCUAGCGCCGCCCCUGCUCCCGACGAGGACUUCGUGCUUGACUUCCUGGACGGGAAGGAGUUCGGGAGGGACGUGGUGGUCGGCGCAGGGUUCUCCGGUCACGGGUUCAAGAUGGGCCCCGCCGUCGGGAAGAUCCUCGCCGAGAUGGCGUUGGACGACGAGUCAGGGACGGCGGCGGAGGCCGGCGUGGAGCUCCGUCACUUCAGGAUCGGACGGUUCGAGGGAAACCCGAUGGGGAACGCCAAGAGUCACUGA